CACAAACCGAGAGCGGACGCUUUGCCCAGCCGAUGGAGUAGUAGUAGCGAUAGUAGCGUGGGUGCAGUUCACGGCUUCCCCCCCUUUCCCCCCCACCCACAUUCUCCACCUUCUUCUUUAAUGGAGUCACAUUUUAUGUGGAAUAUUUCUCCAUCUCAUCGCGAGUGACCCUGCUGUGAAUCCUGAGAACGUUAGUCUCCCGACAGGAGGCAAGAUGGCGUCUAACAACACCCUGCGCAGCUACUCCAUCAUCCCAUGUUUCAUCUUUGUAGAGCUUGUCAUCAUGUCCGGCACGGUCUUGUUGGCCUACUACAUGGAGUGCACGGACCUGUUCAGCGUCCACGUGCAGGGUUUCUUCUGUAAUGAUGCUGACCUGAUGAAGCCGUAUCCUGGCACGGAGGAGUCCAGCUUCGUCCCUCCUCUCAUCCUGUACUGCGUGGUGGCUGCUGCUCCGACGGCUAUAAUUUUCAUCGGAGAGGUGUCCAUGUACAUGAUGAAAUCAACGAGGGAAGCUCUGUUGGCCCAGGAGAAAACAAUAGUGACAGGAGACUGUUGUUACCUCAACCCCCUCAUCCGCCGCAUCAUACGCUUCAUAGGUGUGUUUGCAUUCGGUCUGUUUGCUACAGACAUCUUCGUCAAUGCAGGCCAGGUGGUGACUGGAGGUCUCUCGCCCUACUUCCUGUCUGUUUGCAAACCCAACUACACUGGCACCGAGUGUCGCUUUAAUCACCAGUUUAUCGUCAACGGCAACAUCUGCACUGGGAACCACGUGGUCGUGGAGAAGGCUCGGCGGUCGUUCCCAUCUAAGGACGCUUCGCUGAGCGUUUACUCUGCUGUUUACCUGACGAUGUACAUCACCAGUACAAUCAAGACCAAGUCCAGCCGCUUGGCCAAACCAGUGCUCUGUUUGGGCACACUCUGCUCCGCCUUCCUCACCGGCCUCAACAGAGUUUCAGAGUAUCGAAACCACUGUUCAGAUGUAGUGGCUGGAUUUAUACUGGGAUCAGCUAUUGCAUUGUUUCUGGGUAUAUGUGUGGUGAAUAACUUCAAAGGUGUCCACAGUGCAGCGGCAAAACAGAAGACUGAGGACUACCGCGGUCUGCCUCUGAUGACUUUCCCCCGUGUAGAGAGCCCACUGGAGACCCUGAGCGCACAGCAAUGACACGUGGCAGGCUUGACGUUUGCACUUCACCCCUUUCCUCCUAACCAAAUGCACAGAAACUUAACACAGAGCACUCUUGGCACCAGCUGACACGUGAUUUUCUCUACCUUUUCAUUUCCACGCUUUCUGUUUCCAUCCACUUCAUUUCUUUCUUUGUCUUUCUCUACUCCUGUCCCUUUUUUCCCCCCAUACUCCCUCCAACAUCCAUUUUCAGAACCACUCGGCAUCGAUGACAGAGGUCACAUGACUAAGGGGGCAGCACCGGGUCACGUUUGCGUCUCCACAGCACUUCCAGACACAAUGACGAGGACGCAUGUCACGUGGCUCCGAAUGCUUACAAAAACCACUCCUGAUAUAUCUGUUUAAAUCACCUGGGGGACAAAAUACACCAUGUUUGCAGUGGUUUUCAUUUAGUUGGGCUAUGCUCAGUUCAACCUCCCAAGGCACACAGAUCAGGCAACAAUAUCACAAAUCGCAACAUAAGCACAGAUUGUUUUUCCAGGUUAUUUGAGAUCAUUGAAACAUGGGACAUUUUUUUCCUCCAAGGUGUGCUGUUUGUAGUUAGAGGACGGUGUUUUGUACAUUUUGUAUGAGCGAGUGCCGUAGCCUAUCCUGACGAUGUUAAAACCUGCACACUUCCUGUCAGCUGACUCACUCUGUUUUACAUCACAUCCUGCCGGGUGAAAUGCCUUGUCAAUCACCACAUGUACCCCACUCGGUAAGAAAAAUCUGCUAUGGAAAAAAAAUAUUGAUGUUGUUGUUCUGUGGUGUUUGUCAUUUGUACAGAAAAAAGACAGAAUCCUUCUUUUUAUUAUCUCUGUACAUUAACUGACCAUGUCAGGUCAUAUUUUUUAUGGAUUUUUGUUAAUAUGUAUGACUAUUAUGAUCCAUUUGGACCUGUUUGCCUGCUGUAAACCUGGAUAUUUUUUGGUAUCAGUUGUUUGGGGAACAACUCCUCUCCCCUUAGGAGGAAAUGGCAAGGAUGAGUCACUGAAAUCCUCAGAAAAUGUGUUUUUGCACCUGUAGUGACAUGUCAUCAGGCUAAAUAUAUGAAAAUCUGAUUGGCUUAAAUGCACAGUAUCAGUGUACUUCACCCCAAUUUGCAGAUUUACUUUGGAAGCUCUCUAUGGAGAGAUCCAGAGGAGCUAGCCCAUGCCAGAUCAGAGUAAAGAUUAUAUGCUGGUAUGGUUUUCCAAUUAUAUUUACUGAAAUUCCAAUGGAAGACAUCCUUAAUAAGUACAUGGCGAAAAACAUAAGAGAUUCUUUUUAACUGAAACUGAGUAAUUUACUCAAGGCCUGGUUAUCCCUUUCACUGAAAACCAGGCUAAUGACUCCUGCUUCACUUUUCCUCCUCGAGGUACCCCUCCCUCUCCCCAACCCACCAGUGGAUUGUGAUGCAAUGUUGUGACUCCAUUUCCUAUUGGAAGAUAUGCCCAGCAUGAAGAGAGAAGUCAAGAUGUUUUAUAGAUAUUACUCAUUAUCAUUGUGAUUACAAUUGUCUUUUACUUUGAGAACAAAAAAAGGCAUUUCAGCUGAAAUGCUACAUAUAUUUUCUUUCUUCGUUUGUCCAAAAAAAUUAAAU